GUGCUUUGGUACAUGGUGGAUUUUAUCAUGCUUAUGAACGUGUAAAGAACUCUAUAUUAUGGACGAUUCAGUGGAUGAUGACAAGAAAAGAAAAUUCAUGUCGUGGAUAUGAUGUUGUUAUAACUGGACAUUCUUUGGGUGGUGCCUUAUCAUCAUUCUUAGCCAUAGAUAUAAAGCGUUACAUUCUUGAUCCAAUUGUCCGUUCAUCAACUCAAUCAACUCACUGGCUUCUUCCUUUUACAAUUCAUCUGACAACUAUUGGCGAACCGAGAGUUGGUAAUCACAUUUAUGCAAAAAUAUUACAGACACAGCUAAUUUCUCAAUCACCAUCUUUAAAGCAUAAAGUAACAAGAAUAACUCAUAAAAAUGAUAUAAUAGUACAUUUACCUCCAUUGAAAGAGGGAUUUAUACAUCAUGUGCAUGAAUUAUGGGUAAAAAAUAAUAAUCAAUCUUUUUUUUGUAAUGAUAUAGUAGAAGAUUCUGAGGAUCCGAUUGAGAAUCCAGAGUGUCUUGCUGGUAUUAAAUGGUUUGAUCUUAGUGUUCACUUAUUCAUUUGGAAUACUACUUUUACACCUUUUUGUUAA